UUUGGCAAAACUUUCGAAGAGGGGCCUGCCAGCUUGGCGCAAGGGAAACCAGAGACCCCAAGAUGCACAAUAUGUCUACUUCAGCGCGCUCCCGUUCGUAACAGCGGAGUUAGCAACCGGAGCAGUGACUCUACCUGAGCUUCAUCUACGAUGUGAUGCCUAAGCUGAGCAAGAGGCGCAGAAAUGACGCCCUGAUCCCCCUUGGUACGUUCGAUGAACGACAUCAGGUGGCGCAGCAACAACGAAAGAUGAGUGCAGCGAGCGCAUUCGAAACUUUCGGCACCAAGUACGGGAAAGUGUAGUUCGAUGCUUGGCUAGACCUGUCGAUGUAUAAGAAGCACUGGUGCGACACACAUAACAACUUUGUGUACUGAUCUGGAGAAUGUGGCGGUAUGGUGUUAGGUGGUGCAAAGGGAUGGGAGCGCCACGAGGAAGUGGUUUGGGACGAAAGAUGGAGGAUCGAGCUUGGCACCUGCCUAGCGUCCGGGACUUUUGCCGAUGUUACUUGGAGCUAUGGGAUUAAGACUAGUCUUCGUUAUCUCGCUACAUCCUUUCGUCGUACAUGGCAUGACAUAGUCUUCUUCGACUGGGAGAAGACCGCCUCAUGCAAGCUGGAGCUCAUAGAGUACUGCAAGGAACAGCAAGAAAAGCUGCGCGAGUUUCUUACGUUAAAGUGGAAGAGGACCCCUCAAUAUCUCCGAGUAGUCUCGGCCAGCCAACGGGAGAAUCUGAAAAUUUGGCUUACUAACGCCUACGGCAAAUACGAAGUGCUCUGUGCCCUCGAAGACACACCAUCACUGCUACUGUUGUGUGCACCUGAUGUUUUGAGGCCUGCAAAGAACUCUUUCUUGGGAACCACGAACAUUGUUACUGCUACGUUGCAGCUAGUCAAUUGCCGGAUAUAUGAGAGGCAUUGGGAAGAGCUCGUGCGGCAACGCACAGAACAGGAGGCCCAUACCUCGACGCGCCAUCAAUUGACUAUCAACAGGAGUUGGCACAAAAUCGCCAAGAAUUGA